AUGAAUCCAAGCGAUACUAAUUCUAACAAUGAUCAACAAUUUCCUAUUAAUGUACGACAAAAAAAAUGUCAUGGUAAUCGACGUAAUCAACGUUUUCGAAAAAAAUGUCGUGCAAAAGGCAUGAAAUCAAAAAUCAUCGAAAAGUUACUUAUGAAACGAAAUCAAGCUGAAAACCGAAAUCAUAAUAAUAGAAAACAUACGAAUAUCCAAAAAACACAAUCAAACAAACAAACAACUGAUAUCAAUAAUCAUUCGAAACCGACGACAAUAAAUCCAAUUAAACGUAAAAGAGAUCUUUCAUUGCAAGAAACAAGUCAAUUAUCCACUAGUCAACCAUUAUCGAAAAAAAAUCAACUCUAUAACAUGGCAAACACUACUGAUUUUGAACUAUGUCAGCAAUAUGUUAUCGAGUAUAUAGGCGAAAUCAAUCAUGAACUUGAUCAAUGUCAGAUGAAACUAACAAAACAAACACAACCAUGUCCAAUAACAACAUUACCAUUAGAACAAAUUGAUUCACACAUGAAAAAAGUAGUUGAAAAAGAGCGGCAAUAUGUAUCAUUAAGAAAUAAUGAUCAAUUAACCGAAUUCAAAGAUGAUCUACAUCGCCAACAAUUAUUUCAAACUAUAAGUCAAUAUCAUUUAAAAUUUGACCAUUUUGAUGAAUUAGAACAAUUUAUUGCAUCUGAUAUUUAUUCACCAAUAAUACAGAAUAGAAUUGCAAUUCAAGUAAAUAAUAACCUUAAAAUACAAGAAUAUGAUCACCAAUAUCAAUGUAAAUGGUCUGAAUUAAAAUCACUAUUAUUGAAUGAUAAGACUAUCGAUGGAGACUUAAUUCUCAAUCAUUUGAAUGAAUAUAUGACUUCUCAAACAGCAAAAUUAAAAAGUGAUAUUCAGGGUAAUGUGGCAUCUUAUCGACACACAUUACUUCAAAAUCGUCAAUGUUCAGUAUCCUCAAAGAAUACAAUUCGUGUCUCUCCUGAACCAUAUCUUGAUUUACUAGAAAAUCCAUUCAAUGAACGUGAAUGGAAUCAUCUUUGUCUUGGUCCAUCUGUUAUACGCUUAAAUCAAAGUGCCAUUCGUCCUGUAGAGCAGCAAGAAGCUGAAAUUAAAAAUGAACAUAAAGAAAUUGUGAAAAAAGUUCAAGGUCAUCUCAUUGAACAUCAUGGUAUUCCAUCAAAAUCAUCUGCUUUCGCAGAAUAUUCAAAUGAAGUUUUGAAUCAUUUUAAUCGAUCUUAUUUUACUCCAUUAUCAUGCAAAGCACAUAUUGAAGCGCUUGAACAAGCACAAACGACUGCAUCAAUUCGACAAAAAAUCCAGAAAAAUAAUCUCAUUCUUCGUGUUGCUGAUAAGGGUAAUAAUUUUUAUAUUGGUGCAGCUAGUGAAUUCGAAGAGAAAGGUGAAAAAUUUUUCCAAGAAACAAAUGCUUUUAUGGAAAUUUCAAUAAAUCCAUUCAAUCAAAUUCAAGAUCAAGUUAUUCAAUUACUUAAUCGAUUACAAUCAAAACGACUUAUUUUAAAGUGGCAAUAUAAAGAAAUGAUGCCUGAUCAAAAAAACUCUGAGCUAUCACAUUUAUAUUUUAAUCCAAAAACUCAUAAGGAUGGCAUACCAGUUAGACCAAUUGAAAGUACAAUUCAUUCAUCAACAAGAAAUAUAUCACAAUUUUUAGAUAAAAUCAUACGAUCUAUAUUUGAUGAUAAAUGUGCUUCAACAACUAUUAUCGAUGGAACUUCUUUAAUUAAAGAACUUCUAAAAUAUAUUAAAAAAGGUCUCUUCAAAUCAACGACACUCUUUUGCACAUUUGAUAUUCGUAAUUUAUAUACAAUGUUACCACAAGAUGAAGCACUUGAUAUUCUGGUUGAAUUUCUUCGAUUUCAUGGAUACACCAAAGUCAAAGGCAUUGAUCUUGAAACUAUUCGACAAUUAGCUGCAAUUGUUCUUAAAGAAAAUGUUUUUGUGUAUGGUAAUAAAAUUUACAAACAAGUACUUGGUGGUGCUAUGGGUUCAUCAUUUACAUUAACCUUAGCAAAUAUAUUCAUGUGGAAAUGGCAAAAAGAAGUCGUUCGACGACAAGACAUGACUGAUGAUGCAAACAAAUGGCAUCCAAAUAUAAAAUUAGAAUAUAAAAUCGGUAAAAGUCUACCGUUUCUUGAUGUUCUCUUUACUAACAAUAAUGGCAUUCUAACAACAUCAGUAUAUCACAAACUAGCAGCUGAACCUUAUGUUGUACCAUUUCUAUCUGAUCAUCCUCGACAUGUCUUCAUCAAUAUUAUACAAACUAGUCUGGCACGUGCUGCACGAUAUUCAUCUACAUUUGAAAGUUUCAAUAAUGAACGACGCUACAUUCAAUUAACACUACUUUAUAAUGGGUAA